UCCCUCCAAUGGUCUUUUCGAUUAAAACUAUCUCUUUCUUUAUUAGGGUCCACUGUAAUAUUAUUAUACCUCGUAAUAACAUUAAUCCAUGGAGAACGGCGGCCCUAGUCAGCCAAAGUACAAAGGAAUUCGGUUGAGGAAAUGGGGGAAAUGGGUUUCGGAAGUUAGAUUGCCUAAUAGUCGGGAGAGGAUUUGGCUCGGCUCGUAUGAUACCGCUGAGAAAGCCGCAAGGGCUUUUGAUGCGGCGCAGUUCUGCCUCCGCGGGCCGAAAGCCAAGUUUAACUUUCCUGAUAGUCCGCCGGACAUAUCUCUAUCCGACCGACAAAGGCUUUCGCCUGCGGAGAUACAGGCUAUUGCAGCUAGGUUUGCGAAUGAUGAUCACUCGCACUCCCAGUCGUCAUCAGUAGUACAGGAGAUACGGCCACUACCGUCACAUGGACAUGAUUAUGAGGGCAAUAUGUCAAAUAUUAAUUCCCACGUGACUAAUAUGGAGAAAGAUGAAAUGUCACUAUCAUCAACUACUUGUAAUGAUCCAGUGGUCCAAAUGGACACUAAUAAUAAUAGUACUGCUACUGCAGCUAUGGCCUGGGCUUCUUUUGAUAUGUGGGAAGAUUAUCCACAUCAUGCUAUUGGGCCCCCACCUGAUCUUUUUUGUGAUCCACAUUCAUCAUAUGCUGGGACUAAUUAUGAUUCUGGAUAUUAUCCUGCAGGAGUACUGGAUAGUUUGUCAAGUAAUCUCUACUCACCACCACAUUUUCCACAAAGAGUAACUCAUAAUUAUGAUGAUGAUGAUACUGGCAAUGGUGGAGAUGAACAUUAUACUCAACAAUCCUUCCUCUGGAACUUUUAACUAAAAAUAUGCAAGCCCUAUAGUCUGCAGCAUGUAUGGCAAAUAUUAGUAAUUGCUAUAUAUGCUAGCCGAUUUUUAUCCAAUGCUAAGUGAUGGGUUAUAUAUAGAAUGGGGAUAUGUAUGUAUUGAUCCUCUCUCCGGUUUUCUUAUAGUAAUUAAUAUUUUUGCCGGAAAGAAGAGAUAUAUAAGGUAGCCUCAUGAAUACUUGUUAGAGUUCUGGGAUUCAUGCACGUUGCCAGCAUUAAUAAAGAGCAGGCAUGCGUAUCAGUAAUAUCUUAGUUUUAGAUAAUGAAUAAGUUGUUAUUGCUAAGAAGAAAUUGUGAGGAGUCAUGUGUAUGUCUAUCGGUAAUUAAUCACCAUGUUGAUCUUAAGCAGGUUUCACUGAUGGACAAACAUACUUAUUAACUACUGAAUUAGCGAAUGGUGGUUAUUUUGUCGUG